GCUGCCACAUGUUUUCUGUGUCCCGCAGUCACCGUGGAGCAGCACGUGGGGAACGUGUUCAUGUUCAGCAAGGUGGCCAACCUCAUCCUGUUCUUUCGUCUCGAUAUCCGAAUGGGGCUGCUCUACCUCACCCUGUGUGUAGUCUUCCUGAUGAUCUGUAAGCCGCCCCUGUACAUGGGGCCAGAGUACAUCACCUAUUUCAACGACAAGACCAUUGACGAGGAGCUGCAGAAAGACAAGCGGGUGAUCUGGCUCGUCGAAUUCUUCGCUAACUGGUCGCCGGAGUGUCAGUCGUUGGCUCCUGUCUACGCAGACCUCUCCCUCAAGUAA